UUUGUUCCCAUAACGCACCAGUCAGUCACUACGGAGAACGGAGACUAGAGUGAACAUUUUACCUACAAGCAGGACCUUUUAAUCUAACAUUUAAUUUUAGGCGUUUUGCGGAGUUUCAAUUGUAAAACUCAAACCAGAUCGGAUACAAUGAAGUACAUCAUUGGAAUAGGAGGUGUGACUAAUGGUGGUAAAACCACCCUGACGGACAGGUUAACCAAAGCCUUGCCAAACUGCUGUGUGGUUCACCAGGAUGACUUUUUCAAGCCGCCGGAUCAGAUAGCAGUCGGAGCGGAUGGCUUUAAACAGUGGGAUGUGAUCACAUCUUUGGAUAUGGAGGCCAUGGUGAAUACCAUCAAGGGCUGGGAGGAGAACCCAGUUAAAUUCGCCCGAUCCCACGGCAUCCAGUUGACCCCGGCCGCAGAAAUGGACGACCCCGAGAGCCAAGUGCACAUUCUCAUCGUAGAAGGAUUUCUACUGUACAACUACAAGCCUUUGCUGGACGUCUUUGACAAGUCUUAUUACAUAAGCAUCCCGUACGAGGAGUGCAAGAGGCGGAGAAGUACAAGGCAGUACACCGUUCCUGACCCUCCUGGACUGUUUGACGGUCACGUGUGGCCCAUGUACCUCAAACACAGAUGUGACAUGGAGAAUUGCGGUUUGCCAAUCGAAUACUUGGAUGGCUUGAAAACAAAAGACGAAAUGUACAACCAGGUUCACGAAGACAUCCACAAUACACUUCUGAACCGCUUAUAGCAGGAACAGGCUGCCGCCCAUCAUCUGUACUAUAUUGUAAAUACGAAUCUUACUUAAAUGGGCCUUUUUUUUUCUUUUACCUGAAAUUGUUGUAAAUAGUUUGACUGGAAUGUAAUUUAAAUACUUGUGGAGGAACUUUUUUGCAUUACCUCUUUAAGGACCGUCUCCAUGUUUUAAGUUUUUUUUAUUUUAUAUAUAUAUAGUUUUUGUGACUUUCAAAG